CUAAUCCAGUACAAUAAAGCAUUUGAACCAUAAUAAUAUUACACAAGCGAUGUAAUUAUUAAAACACGUAGAAAUUCGUAAUUUUAGCAUAGUAAAGAAAAUACUGUAGAACAUUGUAGUUACUGUACUGUAAAAUGGAUAGUGAAAAAGUGAAACCCACGGCGUUCUUGAUUCAAGGGAUGUCGACCUUGAUAAUCGCCUACCUUACUAGUCUUACAGGCUUGGUUUACGCUUGGCCCUCAUACACAAUGGAAAUAUUCAAAUCAAACUCCACGGUCCUAAGUACUCCUAUGUCGUUAACUGAGAUAUCUUUAUUAGGCAGUCUGCCUAAUAUAGGAGCGUUGGUAGCAACGCCAUUUUGUGGGUAUGCGGUGGAUAAGUUUGGAAGGAAAUAUUCAGCUAUGCUUUUUGGAUUACCUUACGUGAUUGCCUGGGCUGUCAUUGCUGUGACCGAUUCUGUGUAUCUAGUUCUUUUUUCUAUUGGGUUCGCUGGCGUAGGAGCAGCAGGGCAGGGAAUAUCUUCAAUUUAUAUAUCAGAGAUAUGUCAAGACUCUAUCAGAGGAGCUCUGACUUCUACUACUGUAUCGGGAUUCUUUCUAGGUCUUUUAUUCUCAUAUGCCCUUGGAGGAUAUCUGUCGUAUCAACAAGUUUUGUACGUCCAUUUGUCUUUAUCAGUUCUAUAUAUCAUGCUGUUGAUGUUAUUGAAAGAGUCACCAGUGUUUUUGCUAAAGAUUGGAAAGGAGAAGGAAGCGGCAGAAUCUAUAGCUUUUUAUCGUCGAGUGGAAGUUACUUCAAAAGAGGUAGAAAUUGACAUAAAGAAAAUCUAUUUGCAAUUGGAUCCACGGAUCGAAAAAAUAUUGCAAGAAAAUGAUACUGAAACAACAAAGGAACUGCUUGAGAAAAGUCAGAAUAAAACUACAGUUCCAAAAACAGAAGUGGCACAAGAAACACCAUGGCGGUUCUUGAAACGAUCAGAAUCAUCUAAACGAGCAUUAUUAGCUGUGCUAAUAGUGAUGGCAGUAGUAAUUUUCAUGGGCUCGAUAGUGUUACAAGUAUACGCCGAGUCCCUGUUCAAAGAGGCAUUGCCUACUAUGAAUCCUAACACUUGCUCAAUUUGGCUAGCUGUGGUGUACUUGCUAGCGAGUUUGGUUUGCGCUAUGAUGUUGGAUAAAUUUGGGAGAAGGAGCCUUAUGACAAUAACGUCUAUAUUGUCCGGAAUAUUCAACAUAUUGCUGGGCUCUCAGCUUCACAUGCGAUGGGCACCACAUUGGUUCACCGCGUUUGUUAUAUACGCAUACAGCUUUGUGUAUAACCUUGGUGCUGGUGUUGUUCCGUUCGUACUUACUGCGGAGGUGUUUCUACCUGAGGUCCGAGGACUCUGCAAUAGCUUAACAAUGGUUUGCAUGUGGAUAGUAAAUUUCAUAACCCUCAUUAUCUUUAAUCCGUUAGUGGAGGAAUUAGGACUUGGACCCACGUUCUACAUUUUUGCCGUGGUCUGUUUCGCAGGCGCUGCAUACAGCCAUUUUUGCCUCCCAGAGACCAAAGGCCUGCCCGCCGAUAAGAUACAGCUACUGUUUAUGAAAAAAGAAAAACUGACAGUAUCAAAGGCUUGAAGUCAACUUUCUAGUCAUUUGUAGAUAGUGAAUAAAUUCUGCACUAUGUUAGCUUUUUUUUAUUCAGAUACAAGUUAGCCAUCAAUUGACUGCAAUCUCAUCUAGUGGUAAGUAGUGAUGCAGUCUAAGAUGAAACUGGAAGCGGUGUGACAGUUCUAUCGCUACUACCUAUGAUAUAGCAGCGUAUAUUAUCGCUUGAUGGUUCUCGCUCGUGUACAAAUAAUGUAACCUGAUGUAAUAUUUUAUAA